AUUCCGAAAUUCGUCUCGGAAAUACAAGAAUUCGAUAGGAUAGUCUUGUUUGCUGAGCGUGGCAUAGUAGACGGCGCACCUGUCUGCUAUAUUGGAGGUCCCACGUUCGACUUCCGGCAGAGCAAGAAAAUUUCCAUACGCUCGUAGCUCCUCUCCGGUGGUCUGGCAAACCACCAAGAGUAUUCAUGCCAUGGAAACCUCUCUUCAAAAAUUUGCCCUUCGGAGCUAGCAUUUAAACUGUGUAGGUCCUGUGUGCAUGUGUAUAAUCUGCGUGCGUACCACAUGCAGGUGAGAGAGGAUAGGCCCAGGCCUUACUAGGCCCAGUUGCAUCAUCGGAAGAAGUCUUGUUUAUUUUUAACGCGAACAAGUUGAGUUAAAAAAAAGUAAAAGAGAAUAAAAGAAACGCGCCUUGAAGACGAUUGAUAAACGACUUGUUUUUUCCAUAAGAGCUCAUAGAUUUAUCAAUUUCGCCGCGCACGCGUCAGUCAGUGGAUAUAAUAUAUCUGCCGACUCGAUGACCCGCGUGGCAUCCUUAUUACUGGAUCCACUUCGCUAGUUUACGGCGCGCAACAGUCGCAGUGACGUCGAGCAAUCACUCCGGACAGUCGUAUUGUGUGCGGGAGGCAGAGAACGUAACGUUACUGUAGAAUGGGUUGAUGCGUAAUGCUCGGUGUAGAAAACAAGCGAGCCGAAGAAAAGUGGAAGAAAAAUAAUUAUCACGGAGAUAAACGCAAGUCGACUUUGCAGGAGCACAUUAAUCCGAAGAUGGAGCAAUUGUUAAUCAAUCGAACGACUUCCAUAUGCAAUGGGUAUGCAACAUGCAAUGGAUUUGAGACUGCUGUGCCGACGACGAUCGACGACGAGCUGCGGGAAGCGCCGGUGUCAGACACUCUCGUAUUCUACGUUAAUGGGAAGGAGGUAUCAGAUAAAGAUAUAGAUCCGCAAUGGACACUCCUGUGGUAUCUCCGCAACAAGCUUCAAUUAACUGGCACAAAACUCGGUUGUGCAGAAGGAGGCUGCGGAGCAUGCACAGUAAUGAUCUCAAGAUUCGAUCGUGUCGCCAACAAAAUUAUUCAUUUAGCUGUUAACGCAUGCUUAACACCGAUAUGCGCUGUGCACGGUUUGGCUGUGACUACUGUGGAAGGCAUCGGUAGCACACGAACGAGGCUGCACCCAGUGCAGGAACGUAUUGUCAAAGCACAUGGAUCGCAAUGUGGAUUUUGUACACCUGGUAUAGUUAUGUCCAUGUAUGCUCUGUUACGCAGCAUACCAAAGCCGAAUAUGACGAAUUUGGAAAUCGCAUUUCAAGGUAAUUUAUGCAGAUGUACAGGAUACAGACCGAUUAUAGAGGGAUUUAAGACUUUCACAGAGGAAUGGGAACAGUCGCAAUUAAUGGCUAACGUGCGAGAGAAGGAGAUAAACGAUAAAAGAGUCUGCUCGAUGGGCGACGCUUGCUGCAAGAAAAAGGCUUUCACGUCGGAACUUUUCAGUUCUAAGGAAUUCUGUCCGUAUAAUCCCAGUCAGGAACCAAUAUUUCCGCCGAAAUUGAAAAUCGAAUCCAAACUGGAUGAACAAUAUUUGAUAAUAAAAGGGACAGACGUCACUUGGCACAGACCUACAACUCUCAAGACGUUGCUCGCUCUCAAGGAUCAGUAUCCGAGUGCUAAAAUUGUUAUCGGCAAUACGGAGAUUGGCGUCGAAGUAAAAUUCAAACGCUUGGUAUACCCGCUGCUCAUACAACCAAUACAGAUCAGAGAAAUGCGCGAAAUCGUCGAAAUUCAGGACGCAUUGAAAGUGGGUGCGAGCAUUACUUUGGUUGAACUCGAAGAAGCAUUGAAACAUCAAAUUAAAAUUAAACCAGAUUAUAGUACAAGAAUUUUCAUGGAGAUAAUAAAUAUGUUGCACUGGUUCGCUGGGAAGCAAAUAAGAAAUGUUGCUGCGGUGGGUGGCAACAUAAUGACUGGCAGUCCAAUAUCAGAUUUGAAUCCGAUCUUUAUGGCCGCAGGAGUCAAAUUGAAUUUGUGUAGUUUAAAGCACGGCAACAGAACGAUACCAAUGGAUCAUACUUUCUUCGUUGGAUAUCGACGGAGUAUCAUCUUGCCCGAAGAAGUGUUAGUGUCCAUCGAGAUUCCUUUCUCAAAGCAGAACCAAUAUUUCGUCGCUUACAAACAAGCGAAAAGACGAGACGAUGAUAUCGCUAUAGUUAACAUGGCAUUAAAUGUGUACUUCGUGCCUGAUUCAAGCACAAUUCAAGAACUGCAUAUCGCAUUUGGUGGGAUGGCGCCCACUACUAUCCUGGCGAGACGGACAUGCCAGAAGAUAAUUGGCAGGAAAUGGAAUAAGUCGAUCUUGGAGGAGGUUUAUAAUUCUCUCCUCGAAGAAUUGCCAUUAUCGGAUAACGCACCGGGUGGAAUGAUUAAAUAUCGCCGGGUUCUUACUCUCAGUUUUUUUUUUAAAGGAUUCGUGCACAUCUGUAAACAGUUAUCGCAAUAUACUUCGGAUGUGGAAUUUUUGCCGAAGGAACUGGAAAGCGCGUCAUACAGCUUCCAUUAUAAAGUACCAAAGAGCUCACAAUACUACCAAGUGGCGUCUAAAGACCAACAGUCACACGAUUUAUUAGGACGUCCCAUUAUACACAGUAGUGCAUAUAAGCAAGCAACCGGAGAAGCACUAUACUGUGACGAUAUGCCAAAAUUUACAGAUGAAUUAUAUUUGGCAUUGGUCCUUUCCACUAAAGCUCACGCAAAAAUUUUGAAAAUCGACCCUACCAAGGCCUUACUCAUGAAAGGAGUGGUAUCAUUUUUCUCUUCAAAGGAUAUAGCGGAAGACAGAAAAUGGGUAGGCCCUGCGUUUCACGAUGAAGAAGUCUUUAUGUCGGAAAAGGUUACUAGCAAUGGUCAAGUAAUUGGUGCGAUUGUCGCUAACAAUCAAAGUACCGCUCAGACCGCAGCAAGGAUGGUUGAAAUAGAAUAUGAAAAUAUAGAACCCACCAUCAUAUCUAUCGAGGACGCUAUCAAAUACAAAUCAUUUUUCCCUGGCUAUCCAAAACGCAUUAUUAAAGGAGAUGCGGAGAAAGUUUUUGCGGAAGCGGAUCAUGUUUUGGAAGGAGAGGUACGAAUGGGCGGCCAAGAACAUUUUUAUUUGGAGACACACGCUGCUAUCGCUGUACCUCGCGAUGGGGAUGAAUUAGAAGUGUUUUGUUCUACUCAACAUCCCACCGAGAUACAAAAAUUGAUUGCCCAUGUUUUGAAUAUACAUAUAAACAGAGUUAACGUUCGCGUAAAGCGUUUAGGUGGAGGAUUUGGCGGAAAAGAGUCUCGUCCAAUGUUACUUGCGAUACCCGUGGCAUUCGCUGCAUACAAGUUACAGAAACCAGUUCGUUGCAUGUUAGACAGAGACGAAGACAUGAUGAUAAGUGGAACACGGCACCCAUUUUUGUUCAGAUACAAAGUUGGAUUUAAUAGUGAUGGUUUGAUUAAAGUGGUGACAGUACAUAUAUACAAUAAUGCAGGUUACUCCUACGACUUAUCAUUAUCGGUGUUAGAACGUGCCAUGUUUCACUUUGAAAAUGCAUACAGAAUCCCAGUAUCAGAAGUAUACGGAUACAUUUGUAAAACAAAUUUACCGUCGAAUACAGCUUUUCGAGGUUUUGGCGGACCACAAGGAAUGUUUGUAGCUGAAAAUAUCAUCCGACAAAUUGCCGAUUAUUUGCAAAUGGAUGUCGUAAAAUUGUCCGAGUUAAAUUUAUAUAAAGAGGGCGACCUAACACAUUACAACCAGCAACUUCUCAACUGCACUAUGGAUCGUUGUUGGAGAGAAUGUCUAGAAUCAUCCCAUUACAAUGAAAGAUUAGUCGAGAUUCAACGUUAUAAUAAGGAAAAUGUAUUUAAAAAAAGAGGUAUUGCAAUCGUACCUACGAAGUUUGGUAUAGCAUUUACUGCAUUGUUUUUGAAUCAAAGCGGUGCACUUGUACACAUUUACAUUGAUGGCUCCGUUCUAAUUAGUCACGGCGGCGUUGAGAUGGGGCAAGGUCUACAUACAAAAAUGAUUCAGGUUGCUAGCAGAAUGUUAAAAGUAAACCCGGACAAAAUACACAUUGUUGAAACGGCUACCGAUAAGGUGCCUAAUACAUCUGCUACAGCAGCGAGUGCUGGCUCUGAUCUUAAUGGCAUGGCUGUUAUGAAUGCGUGCAAGAAAAUUAUGAAACGACUACAAGCAAUAAUGGACAAUGAUCCAGAUGGCACUUGGGAAAAUUGGAUAAAGACAGCGUACUUCCAGAGAAUAAGUCUAUCCGCCACUGGUUUCUAUCAAACGCCCGACAUCGGGUAUUCAUUUGAGACUAACAUGGGAAAUCCGUUUAAUUACUUUACAUACGGCGUCGCUUGUACGGAAGUCGAAAUUGACUGUCUCACCGGCGAUCACGAGGUUCUACGAACCGACAUUAUCAUGGAUUUGGGUGAAAGUUUAAACCCAGCCAUCGAUAUAGGGCAAAUCGAAGGUGGCUUCAUCCAAGGAUAUGGUUUAUUCACAUUAGAGGAAAUGAUUUAUUCACCAACAGGGGUUUUAUUCAGCAGAGGUCCUGGCGCGUACAAGCUGCCAGGUUUCACCGACAUACCUAAGGAAUUUAACGUUUCCUUGUUAAAAGGUGCUUCCAAUCCGAGAGCGGUAUAUUCUUCUAAGGCUGUUGGUGAGCCGCCGCUAUUUCUAGCAUCGUCUGCGUUCUUCGCCAUCAAGGAGGCAAUUAAGGCUGCACGUCGAGAUAUGAAUAUUCCCGGUUACUUUAGAUUAGAUGCUCCCGCAACUUCUGCACGUAUACGCAAUGCGUGCGUAGAUGCGUUGAUAAUGAAGAUCAAAGAACCUAAUUUGAACGAGCAGUGGAAUAUGGUGCCGUGAUAACAUCCCCAAGACAAAUUCGUGAUAAUUUGUUAUUUUUAUACUUGAAGGGAAAAUAUAUUGGAAAUAUAUUUGUACGUUUGUAUUUGUAACAAAGUAAACAA